AUGCUUUUCUAAGCUGUGAUCUUGUACAGGAUGGAAGUAGUUUGAUCUAGUGGAAAAUGUGGAAUGAAGAAGCUGUGAACCUCCUAAGCCGUUGUGGAAUCAGCACAUGACCAAGCCAACUCUCUACCUACCCAGAUGAGUCACCAGAAAGGGAUGACACCCUAGCCAUACUGACUUCUUAGAGCAUAUAAAGACCUUGGAUCAAAUGGCAGCAGCACCUGCAGUCAGAGAGAAUGGCGAACACGGCCAAGGGCAAAGUGUGCGUCACCGGAGCAUCUGGCUUCAUUGCCUCCUGGCUCGUCAAGCGGCUUCUUGAGUCUGGGUACCAUGUUCUGGGAACAGUCAGAGACCCAGGGAAUCAGAAGAAAGUAGGACAUCUCUGGGAUUUGGAAGGUGCAAAGGAAAGGCUGGAGCUUGUGAGAGCUGACCUCUUGGAAGAAGGGAGCUUUGAUGAUGCUGUGAUGGCUUGUGAGGGUGUCUUCCACACUGCGUCUCCAAUCAUCACCAAAUCUGACUCCAAGGAGGUAAUGCUUAAUUCAGCAAUAAACGGCACUCUGAACGUGCUACGGUCAUGCAAGAAGAAUCCCUUCCUCAAGAGGGUUGUCCUGACAUCUUCAUCGUCAACUGUGAGGAUCAAGGACGAAGCUGAUCUCCCCCCUAACGUGUUGCUGGAUGAAACAUCAUGGAGCUCCAUCGAGUACUGCGAGAGCCUCCAGAUAUGGUACGCCGUGGCGAAGAUCCUGGCCGAGAAGGCAGCCUGGGAGUUCGCCAAGGAGCACAAGAUCGACCUCGUCACUGUUCUCCCCACCUUUGUCAUCGGACCUAAUCUGUCUCCUGAGCUCGGCCCCACGUCUUCAGAUGUCCUCGGCUUAUUCCAAGGAGAGACGGGGAAGUUCACGGCGUACGGGCGCAUGGGGUACGUCCACAUCGACGACGUGGCGAGCUGCCACAUCCUGGCCUACGAGGCCGCCGGCGCCCGGGGGCGGUACAUCUGCAACGCGGCGGUGCUGGGCUGCGGCGACCUCGCCGCCCUGCUGGCGCGGCGGUUCCCGCCGUACCCCGUGCCCAGGAGCCUGCCCAGCGUCUACGGCGAGCAGACGUACGGCUACGACACGGCCAAGGCCCGCGCGCUGGGCCUGCGGGAGCUCAAGGGCGUCGAGGAGAUGUUCGACGACGCCGUGGAGUCGCUCGUCGGCCACGGCCACCUCCCGCCGGAGAGCGCGAGAGCGAGCACGAGCUCUCUCCUCUGAAUUUUUCGAGCUCAUGCGUUGUUCCCAGUCGCAUGUACGAAGAGAGUUCGUCACUCGACUCGUCGCCCUAGCUAGCGCAAAGACUUUUGGAUUAUAUAUUUUCUACUAAUUUCUACGCAACUGGUCUUUGGACUGACAGUGGCAGCAGAUUAGGAUCUUGUAGCCGCAAAAAAACAACUUUUUAUACAGUAUAGCUUCGAUA